GAGUGAGAAACACAAAGGAGAUUCAAAAAAAUGACAGGAAGAGAAGAAGAAGAAGAAGAUGAAGAGGCACAAGCAGAAGUGGACAUGUGGAAAUACAUAUUUGGGUUUGCCAAUGUUGCAGCAGUCAAGUGUGCUAUUGAGCUUGGAGUAGCUGAUGCCAUUCAAAAUCAUCAUAGCCCUAUCACCCUGUAUGAGCUAUCAAACAAGCUUGGAUGUGCUCCAUCCCCUCUUCAUCGGAUCAUGAGGUUCUUGGUUCAUAACAAUAUUUUCAAACAGAAACCCAUUGUGGAUGGCACUAUUGGCUAUGUGCAAACACCUCUUUCUCGCCGUUUGCUCGGCCGGGGAGAGAACAGCAUGGAAUCUCUGUUUUUGCUAGAAAGCAGCCCGGUGAUGCUUAAGCCAUGGCAUUUUCUAAACGAUCGUGUCCGACUGGACGGAAAUACUGCAGCGUUUGAGGCGGCUCACGGCAACGACAUAUGGAAAUAUGCAGCUGUAAAUCCUGAUUAUAGCAAGCUAAUUGACGAUGCAAUGGCUUGUCAUGCUAGGAUGGAUGUACCUAGAAUGAUUGAAAGGUGUCCAGAGGUGUUUGAUGGGAUAAAAACUCUGGUAGAUGUUGGUGGUGGUAAUGGGACUACUCUGAGCAUGUUGGUUAAAGCUUGUCCUUGGAUUCUGGGAAUUAAUUUUGAUCUUCCUCAUGUACUCUCCACUGCACCAGAAUAUGAUGGCAUUAGGCAUGUUGGCGGUGACAUGUUCCAAAGUGUUCCAAAAGCUGAUGCCGCUUUUCUCAUGUGGGUUCUGCACAAUUGGAACGAUGAUGAAUGCAUACAGAUCCUAAAGAAAUGUAAAGAAGCAAUUCCAAAGGAUAAUGGGAAGGUGAUAAUGGUUGAAGUUGUGGUGGGUGAAGCAAAAGACGACAAGCUUGAGUUCGUUAGGCUUACGCUGGACAUGGUGAUGAUGGCUCAUACUGACUCGGGUAAAGAGAGGACCUCUAAGGAAUGGGAAUAUAUACUUGGGAAGGCUGGUUUUAGCCGCCACACUAUAAGACCCAUCGGAGAAGUGCAUUCUGUUAUUGAGGCCUUUCCUUGAUCAUCACCUCCAAGUUUGUGUUCCAAUGCUUACAGUCAUUAUGCCUGUGGUUGGCUUGCUUUAAUAUACUUCUAUUCCGAACGAAGGUUGCCAUGAUGUGUUUUCUUUUUCAAUUCUAGGAAGAUGGUACUAUUUGUAUUGUUGGCAUUGAUGUUUUGUGAUGUUUUGUGAUAUUUUCCAUUAUUUGACUA